UUUGUAUCUUGAAAUUGAGAGCAGAGAGGACUCCAUGUUGUAACAAAGUUAUUAUUAAGAUACUGCCCCGUUUUCGUUUUCUUUUUUUUUUUUCUUUGUUCGUUUUUAGACGUGUUAUUGUAAUUUUGUAAAAACAUUUAUGCCUAGAGUAGAUUUAUAGAGUUAAAGAUCGGGGGGUAAUUACAAUAGAAUAAUAACUAUUUGAAGCAACAGGCUAUACAGGAAUUUCAGAUCUAAUGGACAAUCACUCCACGUCCAUAAUCACUCAGGUUAGCAGAGAUGAAGAGGUGAAUACCCAUUUGCAAGAAAAAGGUGCACAGAGUCCGGCCUCCUCCUCCUCCUCCUCCUCGAAGAAGAAGAGGAAGAAUAAGCCACAAAGCAGAGGUCUUUUCCACAGCCUGUUCUGCUGUUUCUGCCCUGAUGAAUCGGAGCACAUACCAGACAACAGCAAACCACCCCUCCUGGUGGAGGAAAAUGGAAGUGUCUCAAAAGCAGUGAAACCCCUCCUUCCCCAAGUAAAAAGUCAAGAUGUGGGGAAGAUCUGUGUGCUAAUUGACCUCGAUGAAACGCUAGUUCACAGUUCAUUUAAGCCAGUGAACAAUGCUGAUUUUAUCAUUCCUGUUGAAAUUGAUGGGACAGUUCAUCAGGUGUAUGUAUUAAAGCGCCCUCAUGUGGACGAAUUUCUACAGCGCAUGGGUGAGCUCUUCGAGUGUGUGCUGUUCACUGCCAGUUUAGCCAAGUAUGCAGAUCCGGUAUCCGAUUUGCUGGAUAAGUGGGGCACAUUCCGUAGCCGGUUGUUCCGGGAGUCAUGUGUGUUCCACCGCGGCAACUACGUCAAGGACCUGAGCCGCCUGGGGCGCGAUCUCAAGAAGAGCAUCAUCAUAGACAAUUCCCCAGCCUCCUACAUCUUCCACCCCGACAACGCCGUGCCUGUUGUUUCCUGGUUUGAUGACAUGUCCGACACAGAGCUGCUCGACCUCAUCCCUUUCUUUGAAAGACUGAGUAAAGUGGAUGACGUCUACACAGUACUUAAACAGCAGCGGACUAUAAGUUAGCAGAACGGCAGGGUUGUCUGGAUGGGGAGGGGCUGGUGGGCACAGACUCAACCUUUUCUUCUUCUAACCAAGAAGUCAGAACUACCCUUUUCUUCAUGACCUACCCGUUCCAUUCACAGGAAAGAAUGGUGGAAAAGCUGAGCGGUUGCAAGUUUGGAAAGUGGCAGGGUGGAGCUGUGAAGCACUUCAGAAAAAAAAAAAUAUAUAUAGAACAUUUAACACUUGAAUAUGUGUUAUUCUCUAUUUUUUUGUGUUUUUAUUAUUAUUUUAAGAGAUGAGGGUUGGGGGAUGGUUCUGUCAUAUUAUUAAAGGAAAAAUAUAAUGUAAGAAACA